AUGGACUUUUCCUUAGCGGAUUUAAACAAUACGCUCGACUUUGAUCAACUCCAUGUUCAGAGCUGGAUGGAACUGGGAAAUGUCGACCAAGUUGUCAAGACCACACCCCCUGAGGAGGGAUCAGACCUUUCUAUUCACAGUUCGCCCAUACAAGGGACGGAAUCGGGUCAUCUGGGUCGGUUUCACGAUGAACCACCCACUGGUGCGUCACACGUCUCACAAGAUUCCUGUUUUGGAUCAGCUGCCUCGCAUUCAAAUCACCUUUCGACAAGGCAUGGGCCACCUGUCAGUGGUUUCGGUUCGGCAACCGGCGGAGCCAAUCAGCCUUCCUUCUGGGGCACCGAGUCAUACUGUGGCCUCGGCUGGGGUGGACUAGACAACGAGACUCAUUCUGAUGCACAGGGAACCACAGGGGUCUUUGAGACCAUCCUUGAAGCCAUCGACAACGCCGGCUUCCACAGCUUCGACCAGAUGGCGACGGCCUACUACACUCUUGCGCUGGAAGAGCACACGCCGCUGCGGAGAACCCAGAAGUUCAGCCGUGAGCGGCAGCUGAAACGCUUCCUUCAGGACCUGAGCUUCAGCGCCGAAGACUGGCCCGAACGCGAGGCCUGGGUGUACCAAGAGGUAAUACUAAGCUUGGCCCAGCGCAUUCUCUCCCGCGAGCUGUCCGGUAUGAACGAGAGAAAUCAGCAGAUGGAGAGACGAUCAUCGGGGGUGGCGGGAGGCAUGUCGGGCCCGUCUUCGGAGGAGGACAAGCUGGCGGCUGGUCUAGUUCCCAUCAUCGAGAGCGUCCGCAGCCUCGUGGAGCAUACUGAUAUCAAGAAUCCGUUGGUUAACGAAUUAAGAAGACUUUGA